AAGAAACCGAAAUAAGUACUUACAGAAGGGACGAGUCAACACGGGACGAAAGGAAAACUUGCACCGUGGCGGGGCUCCUCCCUCCCAACGAAAGGGCCGCGUUUUGGUGUACCAAGGUGCGUUUGUCUUUCUAGUUCCUUGAAAUAGCCCGUUAUUUUCAUCUUUUUGGUCGUGUCGACAAAAAAUGGAGCUGCUCCGCGCUCAACUCGCUGUGAAGGACAACAUUAUCCGGGAACUCGCCGACGAGCUCGCUCUCUACAAGGAAAAUGCUGCAGGAAGAUCCCCUGGUGAACAAGCACUGGCAUCAUCUUCCCUGCCGCUCCACCAGAACUACACGGCGAGCAAAGACUCCGGCUUGGGAUCGAGUACGACGACUGUACCUCCUACACAGCACGGCGGCACCAUCAAUGAAGACCACGGGAGCAGCAAAACCGCGAAUGCGACGACCAGCGAGGAAGAAAACCAGCACCAAGUGGGCCAAGGAAACAACCAACAAGCGCAGCUGACCGCGGACUUCAAUAAAGUCAACUUGGAGCUGAAAAAGGAGAAUUUUGGUAUGCAUUGAAAUUUUGAUGUUUGUGCCUGGAGUUGGAGAAAUAAAUGCAGGUUUCUCGUCAUGCUUGAUGUUGCAAAUGAAUUUUAAGAACUCUGUGAAGUAGAUGCACGAGCAGGAGGAAAAGAGCUUGUUACCUGUCAUGCAAAAAUGCAGUUUGCCAGCAGCUCAAAUACCAUACCUGUCACGCUUGACUGCGUAAUAUUGCGGUUCUCCCCCCAAUAGUUCACAGAUUCGCAUCCCAACUCUCCAGGCCCAGACAUAUUUGCAAUGCACAGUCGCACUGCAGGAGCAAAUUCAGCAGUUGGAAGACACGUUGACGAAGAACUUCAACUUGAAAUUGCAGGAAAUCCGGGAACACGAUGCGAGCAACUUUCUCGAUACCGCCGAGAAGAAAUAUCCCAGAGAAAAAAGCUGGCAGGGCAUAUUUGUAAUGCAAAAAUAAAUACACAAGAAAGACUUGCCAUGGGUGGCCCAAUACAAUAGCAUGCUGUUUCGGAUAUGCAAUACAGAUUUUUUUGUCUAUUUAUUUUUGCAUUACAAAUAUGCCCUGCCAGCUUUUUUCUGUGUGAUAAGAAAGAAAAGGUAUCCGAAGGAAAAAACUCGUAUACAGUUACACACCCACUGCCACUACUUCUAUAUUGGUGAAUUCAGUAAUAUGAUCACAAACUCGCCUUAGCCUUGCAUGUUGACAGAGAGCAAUGCAGAGAUCAUUACCAUAACUAUUAGGUAAAAUAUACAUGAAGCGACGCGCGCAACAAGCAUGUCGCGCAUGACGGAGCUUGUCUGUGGUCCUGCAUGUUUUACAACUACACAGUGUGUAAUUCAUUGUAAAACAUUUUUUUCUUCGUAUAAAAGGAGAUUGUCGAGCAGUACGAGCAACUUCAUAAGGAGCAAGUUCUGCAGCAUGAACGGCAGGCGGAGGAGAUGAAGCUGCAGUUCGAACAGCAGAUGGAACAAAUAAAGCAGGAUUUAGAGCAGCAGUUGUCCCUCCAGUUUUCCCACGAGAAGCAAAAACACCAGCUGCAAGUGACGAAGGAGAAGGAGAAGGCAAAAUUACUGGAGGAAAGGCAGAAGGUUCUACUAGAGGAAGUGGCGAUAUGGAAGUGUCAGAAUCGAAAUUGACAAAGUCGAAAAAUUGAUUGCGAUGCACAAAAUCGACGUCAGUCGGAGCCUCAGUUUCUAAGUGGCGCAUGACAAAUUUCGGGGGCACCCACAUCCAGUCUGUCAUGCUGUUUGGGCAAAGAAGACCGCUCCUGUAGUCAUGCUACUCUGGCAGCACAUUGCAUACCCCUAAACAGGCUAGCAAUCGGUCUUAUUUGCGGCCUGCCCCCCAAUACAGGCCUUCAGUGCCCUGCAUUUUAUGCAUCACAAAUUGAAACUUUUCGAUUUUGUCGAUUUCGGUCCUGACACAUACAUAGGCGAAAAGGGACCAGAUCGCGAGCGAAUGGCAGCAGGACGGGCUGAAACUGGAACAGGAUUUCCGCUUGAAGGAGCAGGAGUGGAAAGAGGGGUUCGAAUAUCAACUGCAAAUAUGUCUGGGUCUGGAAAAUAAAAAAUUGAAACCUGUACUAUUGGGUGUCUUGCACUCCUGUAAAAUCUGUAUUGCGUGACCGACAAAAGCGCGAAUUCUUCGUCAUGCAAAAGCGCAGCUAUUUCUCAUCUCAUGCGCAUUACAGAGAGAAGCAUCCUGAAAAUCAAAAUUUGUCAUGCUUGGCUGCUCAGUCUCAGGAGUAUGCUAUGCUCAAUCGUCGCCACUUAGCAUCACAAGUUUCCAGACCCAGACAUCUUUGCAAUGCAUAUCGGAAAGGAAAGGGAAAUGCUGGCGCAAGCGGAGGAAAAAUUGACGAAGUUUUCUAUUGAGAGGAAAAAUCCCCCCUCCUCAUAUCGAAAAGGUAUGUUUGCAAAAAUUUGUGUUGCGGAUUUGAGGUCACAAAUCACAUCUGUCUUGCAAGAAGGCAAACCCAAAGAAUCCGCCGCCUUAGGGAGGCGAUUUGUAAUUCUGUUUCACCUACAUGGCAGGCCUCUCUUGUGCCAAGAGCCUACAACAAAACACCCCUACGCAGACUGAGGCUUUGCCUGUAGUGCCUCGCUGCACAAAUCCAGCAACAGAAGUUUCCGUUUUAAUAUGGGGAGGGGGGAUUUUUCAUUUUGAUAUUUUCCGAACAAUUUGAGCAGGAACGGGCGGAAUUUGACAACCAGGUGCGGAUCCUGGAAACCGAGAAAACGCAGCUUUCCGAGAAACUGGCGGAGACCACGGAAAAAGCCAAUCAAUGGCAAAUCGAGUACGAGUCGGAAAGGCUGUGCAGGGAAAAAUUGCAGGACCAGUUCAGAGACCUGGUACUUACUACUUUGGUAGUUUUAGUUGUUUCCUAUCCUUGGUGAGUACUUCUUUUCGGGUCGUGGAGAAACGUGUUGCUAAUACCUUUUUCAAUAUGUACUUCCGCUUGUAUCUUUAAAGAAGCUGGCACUCGGAUUGUAUUAUGUAUUUAGCUACUAGUGCAGCAACAGCAAGCAAGGACAGUAUAUUGACAAAAAACAGGAAACCGACCUCUCACACCGCCAAGAGCACGCGGAGCGCGCACUGAAGGCCGAGGACGCGCUUCGCGAGAGGGACCGGGAGCUGGCGCAAACGCUUUCCGAUGUCCGCAUGGCCAAUGCGAAACUGGAUGUAUCAAAUGUAAAAAUGUCUGGGUCUGGAAGAUUCCGAGAUUUGUGAUGCAGUUUAUCGAAGCUCCACCAAGUCUGCAACGCAGGGUCUAACAUCACAGGAUCUGCAGGCCCUUGGUGAUGCCUGUUCUGCAUCACAAAUGCCUUCUCAGCAUGGCCAGAAAUGGGCACCUUUUGCAAGUCACGCAAUACAGAUUUUUGUACGAUUCGCAACAUGCAUCACAAGUUCGAAUCCUUCCAGACCCAGACAUUUUUGCAUUUGAUAGGAUGCCCAGGGUGACCAUAUCGCGAAGUUGGAGGAGCAGCUGGAAACGACACUGGAAAGAAGAGAGAGGGAAUACAAGGUGCGAACAAAGAUAAUAUGAUCAAGGAGCUUCUACUUCUUGUUUUUACUCUCACAUUCUUGUCUGAAAAUGACACUGACGCAAGAAAUAAUAAACAUAUAAGGCGCAGCACUAUCGACCUUCAUUUUUCAUCUGUAUGUUGCGAGACGCAAAUUUUAUGUCUCGCAAAUGAACUACAGGAGAACCUCGCCCGUUCCGAGCAGCUGCAACUUGAGUUGAUGGAACAAAGCGAACUUGUGAAGAAACAGUCUAUCGAACUGGACUCCGCAAAUCGCUAUUUGGAGCAGCUGAAAAAAGAAGAAGAAAAGCACUACAAACAGGUGAAGGACUUGGACCAGAAACUAAGACAAACGAAGAAGGACCGGGACGAGAAUUUUGGGCAAUUGGAAGACUACGAAGUAGAACUUAGGCGGUUAGUCCGGGAGGUCGAUUCGCUGCGAGAGCAAAACUCGCAACUGAGGAGUAGUACAACACCAGUAGCAGCAUUAUCAACAAGCGCUGCUAGUAGUAGAGAGCAAGUGCAAGGGCAAGUAGAAGCCUUGGUAGCUGCACGGCAGCCGGCACAUCAAAGUAGCACAACUCCAAAGCGGUCGCCCUCCGUGCAGAAGUCGUCUCCUUCGCAGCCUUCGCCCGCGGAGCAACCGCUGGCACUAGAUCAGGUCAAGAUGAGGGCAACCAGCAGCCCACGAUCGAGUAUUAGAAUACAAAUUUUUGAUUUGUGUUGCUGUGCUGCGUGUUGCAAUUUUUUCGAAGACCACUUUGUCCUCUGUCAACUACGUGCUGGUCAGAAAUACGGUCGAGUGCAGUCCUGAUGGAAGAUCGAUCAAUCACAUGAUGAGAGGAAAAAAUCAUAACAGCUCUCCCCGUGGAAUCUCGUGCGCCCUCGCGCCCGCGCGGGGUCAGCAGCGUAACUUCCUCUGCGUCAAAGCGAUCGCCCGCUGGUGUUAGGAUGAGCUCACCACUGUACCCUGCCGGUGGUACCACAAAGCUGAAGACGCCGCAGGAGACGCCGAACCGGGAGAAGUCGGUACCUUUUGCUUGUUGCGUUGAUCAACAUUGUCGUGCAUGGUGAACAUAGAUUUUGUUCCCUGGAGGUAUGCAAGGAAAAGUGAGCAGAUCUAGCAUGCGGCCACUGGCAAAAAAUAUACGUCACAGGCCCACCCCCUCUCCGCUUCUGGCUCAAGAGGCGGACAUCUUCAAGGGGGUUUAUCGUGAGAAAAACGUGUUACAGUUACAAACCCGGGUGCAAAAAUACAAGCAAGAGGACAGAAAUCCUCUGUCAUGCAGGAAAUGCUCCUUCGUGCCAGCCUCAUUCCAUGCGUGUUUUCAUCCCUUACAGUCAGCUCUUUGCAAGUUUUUUUUUGCCCUGCAGAGUGAGCAAGUUUGUGCUGCUGAAAUUCCAAGAAAUGUUGAACUGUAGCACUUUUUUUCUUGGAUAUGGUUCUUCCUCUUCUUCUUCCUCCUCAUCGAAGCGGUCUGCUUCCCAGUAUCAAAUGCAAAUAUGACUGGGUCUGGGAGAUUGCGAGAUUUGUCAUGCUAGUCCGGCACGGCUCUGAACUCUGUAUUGCGUGGCCGCGAACAGCUCCUCUUGUCUGUCAUGCAAAAACGCAAUUUCUCAUGCGGAGUACGCAACUCAGAACAACGGAAAAACUUGUCAUGCUGGGCAGCGCAUAAAUACAGUGCGCUCACUAUUCCCUUUCUUGCAUUACAAGUUUAUUCCAGACGCAGACAUACACAUAUGUGCAAUGGAUAUCCAGCCCGCCACAACCAAUUACCGAAUUGUACCCGUUUACGGGCAAACCUUCUACCAGCCAGCGAAGGGCGAUGCCGUCGACGAGCAGCUGGGCAAUUUCUUGAACACCCGGGAGCACAGCAAAAUCCUGUUUUCUCGCGUUUCGAAGGGGAGGUAUCUGUACGGGAGGCUGGAGGUGGAGCUCUCCGUCGCUCGCAAAUCUUCUGCUUCGGAGCUGGUGAAGCGUGGCGAGAGCAGUAGUGGUACCAACUACACAAAGUUGCUGAAAGUCAACGUCCUCGUGAUGCCCGACGAGUUGAAGCAGGAAGUUGGUGGAGAGGAAGUAGCGAAGGAGAUCAUGGAAAAACCGUUCACCAUAAACGAGUUCGUGCAUUUCUUCGAAGAUCUAGAGUUCGACGCGUGUGAGCGGCAGCAGGGUGGAGUUCUUGUUGCACAGGACGAGCUGCCCGAAGAGGAUGGUGCAGCUGGUGGAGGCGCAGCUGCACGAGAAGCCGCCCAUGCGGGUGGUGAACUACAGAAAGCUAGAAGAACCCGUGCCGAAAGGGUUGGGACGAGAAGAGGAGACCACGCUGGUUCAGGGCCAGCUGGAACGGGUACAAGCAUUGCAGUAGGGCAUCAGUCGGGGGCCAAUCAUCUCGCAAGUAUACCGCAUCACCAGGGGCUGGAACCUCAGCAAAGACUACCUCCCGGCCCGGCGAAGGUUUUCUCUUUCUCGUCGAAGGACGGACUGCAUGGUGCGCCGGGUCGUGGACCACCUGCAAAUUUCCUCCGGAACAAUCCCUUUCCCCCACCAGCUUCUUCUUUUUCUGCAACUACAGGGGAAAGCAAUAGGAAUAUUAGCAGCUUGAGAGGUACGACAACUAUGGUCCCCUCGUCCGGGCCGCCACCGGCCCAGGCUGGAAAUGUUCUCCGCGCUGGCUCCGUUCCGCCCCUCGUAGCUGCUACGGCGGGUCCAACAACAUCACAGCGCCACUUCGACCAGCAAAAAAUGCCGCUCUGCUCCCAGCAAUUAUCUACCUCCCAGUCCCAGUCGAGGAGAUUACCACGGAAUCAUUUGCUCUACAGCCUGCAGACACCCUCGCCGAGUGUGGAGGUGGGAGCUGCACAGGAACCUCCUCAAAAUGGAGUGUUGAAUGUGGCAAGAAUAAACUCACACAAUUAUUCUUCAUCAUCCGUGUCCGUCGGCGCCCCGCCACCGCGGUUACCCACUAGAAUGUCAAGCGCCGGGAGUACAUUCAACAAUAAGAAUUCAUCUGCGUCGAUCCCCAUCCCGCCGUUCACGACCCACGUAAACACGGAUGGGUCGAAACUCACCACGAACAGCAAUCGGACCAAUAUCAAAACGAAAAAUCCCCCCUCCCCAUAUCGAAAACGAUGAAAUUUGUGAUGCUGUAUUUGAGUACACAAAUCGACUUGUAAUGCUAGAAGGCCAAGAGACGCAGCUGUGGCCUCGUUUGCAGGCAAUUUGUCAUGCUGUCUCCCACUUCCAGCUGCCCCCUGUCAUGCUGAAGAUGCAAGGCUCUUCCACGCCAACCAGCAUUACAGUCCGCAUCUUUUCCCUUCUAGCAUGACAAAGCUGAUUUGUGACCACAAAUCUGCAUCGCAAAUUUCUAGUUUGAGUAUGGGGUGGGGGGAUUUUCCAUUUUGAUAACCAAUUCCAGGGAAAGAUCGCACACUUUCGGGACUGUCGCUGGGGAACAUGAGCCGCCUGUGAACUUGAGCAGAGGUUAUGCAUUGCUGUUUUGGAAGUAUCGAUCUCGGUCUGGAAAAGCAGUGCCAGGUUUGUCAUGCUCGGCUAGGCGCGUGACUGGCAAGACUGUCAUGCAUGGCGCCCAAAAGUUAAAGUGCCACUUUUCUGUGAUUCAUGCAAAGACGCGGUCGUCUAUAAUGCAGAAAACACAAGAACAUCAAUCUACACGUUGUACUUCCAGCAUGAUCCCCAAACCUUGUCAUGCUUCGCCGUCAGAAAUUCAGGCUCUCUCGUGAUUGUCCAACCCGCAUCUUGUUUCCAGACCCAGACGAAAGUGUUUGCAUUCGAUAAUAGAGCAGGUGGCAGUGGGGCUACAUCAAGCGGAAACAACAGUGGCAAACUGCUUGCCGCCUCGCUCAGUACCAGGCAACUGCAGCGGCCAAGUUCUGCGGGGGGGAACGUACAACCACAAGGCGCCUCUGUGGGUGCAGCCAAUUCCCCCUUUGGCCCCAUCCCCACGACCGGUGUGAUACCCGCAGCGCAUUUGCGACCCCCGCCGGCGCUGAACGUUGCGGCCGCCUUUGCGAACAAAAUGGCUGGAUCCUACUCCGUGCCGCAAAGUGUGCGGUUUGCGCAAUGAUGAGUGGAGGUGUCUGUUGUAGUCCACGAACAAGCUACAGAGCCUCGACUCUUCAAGCGGAAAGUUAGUAUAGAAGCUGCUUCAAAUGUGGUCUCUUUGUAGAAGAAGUUCUCAUUCUCAUACGUACAUUAGAUCGGUGACGCAAACAACCAGUAUAAUUCGUGCGCUGGAAAAUUUCAAAAACCACAUACGACAACAUGGACCGAAUGAAAUUUCUUACAUCGCAAGAACGUCCAAGACCAAGUGGAACUUUUUCACCCUGCUCCUUUGCGCAGAUUUGCU